AUGUUCGAAUACGAUCGUCUCGCUUUGGAUGUUACCCAACAGUUCUCGAACGGCAAGAACUUUGACCCCGCUCCAGGCAGGCCAAGACGGAGAGAAAACACUGAUGACGGGGUAAAUUUGAUAUUAGCUUACAUUGUUAUUGCAGUUUGAGGAUUUUAUACACUUUAUUUACAGUUACAGUAAACUUUGUCUUUGGGCAAAAUAAUUGAAAGUUGAAUUUCAGAAGAACCGCCACUUCAGCGGCAGCUCCAUGGACUUGUUUGAUUGUGGCAGCAGCUCCGGGUACGGCAGUCCAGGAGUUAGUGGGACACCUCUGGCUAGUCCAGCACCGAACUCGGCUUCGUUUAUUGCUCAGUCCGUGCAGAGAAUGUUGUUGGAUCAGGGAUUCUUCGACGAGUUGAAGACCAUGGGAGGUCAGAUGUCGCUGAAUACUACUGACUUGAGUAGUAUGAUCGCUGGAAUGACAAUCGAGCAAGUCGACAAGGUAAGUGCCUAUUUUAUUUUUCUUUGACUUACUUUUAUGUAUACUACUGGCUAAGUUUAUUCCCUACUCUUCUAAUUGGGUGCGUUGUUAACCGAUUAAGUUCAGAUUAUUGGGUAUUAAAAUUUAGGUUUUAAAAAAGUGAAACAGCCUAUAUCAAAUCAAAAAACAUGGCAAAGUGAUUUUAAAUGUUCCUACGCUAUGUAAAACACUAAAAAUUAUUCAGUCAACAUUAUUUUUCUAUGGUAGGAUUCAGUCGAGCAGGUGAUGAGUAAACAUAACGAUUGCAAUGACUGUUACAACUUUUUUCAGUAGUUUUUUACUUAUAAGUUGAAAAAAGUAAGAACCAAAAAUAGAAUUUUACAACCUAACUUCAAGGGUAACUAAUAAAAUUGGCCAGCAGUAUAUUAGACAUUGUUAUACAGUCGCAUUUCAUAAUAUAUUUAUACAUUAACAUCGAAGUCAUUAUUGAUCAGACCUAUGUUGUAAAGUUGUAACAACUGGGUAUUAUUAUCAUUGUUUAUUUGCAGAGUGUUUGUUCCGAGAAGGAGAAGCUGAGUCUCUCAACCUCAUCCGAGGACUCCCACAGUUCUCCAUUUAGUCCAACGCCAACUCAAACAAUCGCUGUGGCACCAGCUGAGGAUGGCUUCAGUCAGGACGAGAUCGCUCAGUUCGCUGAACUCUUAUGUAGUCCAAAGAAGACUCCGCCAACUAGAUAUCAAUGUCACAUCUGCUACAACACUGGACAUUACAUCAGCGACUGUCCGAUGGUAUGUUUUACUUCACUUAACUGUCAUUUUAUAUCAUAGUUUCUGUGUUGAAGAUAUACAUUGAACAAUGUUGUCUAUAAUUACGUAAACUUUUAGCGUUUCAACAGCCCUUACGAAGAGCUGACGCCCUACCAAGGUCGCAAGAAGUGCUACGGAGAGUUUACAUGCCAACAGUGCAAACGUCGUUGGACUUCCCAGAAUUCUGUGGCCAAUGAAGCUCAAAGUUGUAUCAAAUGUCACGUCCCAGUGUUUCCUCACAAGCAAUUACCGGUCGAUAAGGCGGUAGCCCUUGGUCUGGUCAAGGCUCAACGUACCGUUCCAACCAAAGUAGCUCCGAUUGGGCACGGUCGUCCGCCGUUCCAAGCUGAUGCUUCGCCUUAG